UACUGGCAGGACCGUUUUUCUGCUCAUGCCUUGAUACAUGAUCGGUUUAGCGCAUUUUCUGGAAAUACAGGAAGUGAAUUAACAGGUUAUACAUGUAAGAAGGCGCUGGAUUUUGACUUCACAACAGAGCUUUGUGUAGCUUGUAAUGGAUUACUGAUGAUUUCGGGUUUAACCAUGGAACAAAGAACAUGCGAGAUGCGGAGGGCGCGAGGAUGGUUUCUCCGCUGCAUGGUUGCUGUGCUUUUGUGGAGCGCGGCCUCAGCGCAAAUACGAUAUUCAAUCUCGGAGGAAGUUAACGAAGGAACUGUGGUUGGAAAUAUAGCGAAAGAUCUGGGAUUAGAUAAAAGCACAUUGAAAGACAGGAAGUAUCGGAUUGUUUCCAGUAAUGCGGAUCCGCUUUUCCACGUGAAUCAAAACGAUGGUGUCCUGUAUGUGAGCCGGAAGAUUGACAGAGAGGAGGUGUGCGCGCAGAGCAAUACGUGUUUAAUGAAUCUGAAAACCGUGCUGGAAAACCCACUGGAGGUGCAUUAUGUUGGUGUGGAAGUGAUGGAUAUAAAUGACCAUUCUCCUAGUUUUUCAGAAAAAGAGAAACGGUUGGAAAUAUCUGAGUCUGUGUUGCCCGGAGCACGGAUUCAACUAAAACCUUCACGGGAUCCAGACAGUGGACAUUUCUCCGUGCAGCAAUAUAAACUCAGCCAAAACGAUCACUUCCGUUUGGAAGUUAAGGAUAAGGGAGAAGAUGGUAAAAUACCAAUAUUGGUUGUACAAAAAUCCUUGGAUAGGGAAAGGGCAAAGAGCCACUCAUUAUUGUUGACUGCUAUGGAUGGAGGAAAACCUCCAAAAUCUGGCACCAUGAAUAUUGUAGUGAAUGUUCUAGAUGUAAAUGAUAAUGCGCCUGUUUUCUCUAAAGAUGUUUAUUCUGUGAUGCUCAUUGAAAAUGCUCCGGUAGGCACAACAGUCAUACAAGUGAAUGCAACUGAUUUGGAUGAAGGACCCAACAGAGAUGUAGUUUACUCAUUUACAAAUAGUAUGAAUCUAAAUAUUUUAAACCUUUUUGAUAUCAAUGCUUUAACAGGCGAGAUAAAGGUAAAAGGAUUAAUAGAUUAUGAGGAGAAAGACAGAUAUGAAAUUGAAAUUGAGGCAUCAGAUAAAGGCCUUGCUCCUCUUAUAACAGACAAAAGCGUCAUCAUUAAGAUAGUAGACGUUAAUGAUAACGCACCUGAGAUUGAAGUUACCUCAUUUUCAAGCUCGAUCCCUGAAGAUUCAAGACCUGGAACUACAGUAGCCCUUAUCAGUGUAAAUGACUUGGACUCUGGUCUCAAUGGAAAAGUGUUUUGCGCUGUAAAUAACGAUGUACAAUUUACUUUAUCCCCAUCCUCAAAAGACAAAAUGUUUUCAUUGGUGACCAAAUCCCCCCUGGAUAGAGAGAAACAGUCACAAUAUGUCUUGACAGUAACUGCAAAAGAUGCUGGUCAACCUCCAUUAUCAUCUGAGAAGACAAUACAUGUAGUGGUUUCAGAUGUGAAUGACAACAGUCCAGAGUUUUCAUUGAGUCCAUAUACUUUCUAUAUCACUGAAGCUAAUGAGCCAGGCACCUCUGUGUUUUCUGUUAAAGCUCUUGAUCGUGAUGAGAACGAUAAUGCACGAAUAAACUAUCAUAUUCUCAGAGAUGGCAGUGAAGGAAAUAAAUUGACGUCAUUUUUAAAUAUCAACUCUGAAACUGGAGAUAUUUUGGCCCUAAAAAGCUUUGACUUUGAGACUCUGAAAACGUUCCAGUUCCAAGUUGUCGCCACAGAUUCUGGAACUCCGUCACUAAGCAGCAACGUCACGGUGCACGUGUUCAUUCUGGAUCAGAACGACAACGCUCCAGUCAUCCUGUAUCCGGUCAGCUCUAACGGUUCUGCUGAAGGUGUGGAGGAGAUUCCCCGCAAUGUGAACGCAGGACACUUGGUGACUAAAGUCAGAGCCUAUGACGCUGAUAUAGGAUAUAACGGCUGGUUACUGUUCUCACUGCAGGAAGUUACUGCCCACAGUCUCUUUGGUUUGGACCGCUAUACAGGACGGAUCAGAACACUUCGCUCAUUCACAGAGACAGACGAGGCUGAGCAUAAACUGCUCAUACUGGUGAAAGACAAUGGCAACGUUUCCCUGUCAGCAACAGCUACGGUGGUUGUUAAACUUGUGGAGCCCAGAGAGGCUUUUGCUGCUGCUGAUGUUAAAAGUGCAACAAAGGAUGAUGAGGAUAAUAAUGUGACUUUUUACCUGAUGAUAACUUUGGGCUCAGUCUCAACACUUUUUCUCAUCAGUAUCAUUGUGCUGAUUGCAAUGCAGUGCUCUAAGUCCACAGACUAUACUUCUAAAUAUCUACAAGAGACUAACUAUGAUGGGACACUGUGUCACAGCAUCCAGUACAGAUCUGGAGACAAGCGCUACAUGUUAGUUGGACCCAGAAUGAGUAUAGGAUCUACUAUAGUCCCGGGCAGCCAUGCCAACACACUGGUGCUUCCUGACAGGAGGGGAACAUCUACAGAGGUAAGAUUUUAAGAAAUGUAAUCAUUUCUAAAAUAAUAGAUGUGUUUUUAGAUUUCCUCCAAUUGAGACUGAGCUUCCAACUUCUGUUUGCAAAAGGUUCUAUCUGGUGCAAUAUUCUCUCUUUGCUGCUCUCAUUUGUAGAUUGUUUUAUACACACUAAUAAUAAUAAUAAUAAUAAUACAUUUGAUUUCUAAGCGCUUUUUCAGGUGCUCAAAGACACUUUACAGUGAUGAUGAAAAGGAUACAAUAACAUAUAAAACACUAUACUCUCACGAGUACAAUGAACAUGAGAACAUGUUCUAUAAUAAAAUCUAAAUGGGGUCAUAAAUUGCAACUUUAUUUUGG